AUGGUAGAAGAGGCAUUGCAUCUUAUUGUCAAAGAAGUAGCAUUUGGUUUGGGACCCGGAUGGUUUUUAAGGAAGUUCCUAGAGGAAAAUGUUUGGGAGUUAGAGAAAGAAGGAAAAUGGGAGCCUUUUGGCGUUGUUCUAGCUCUUAUUAUCUAUGGACUCUCCAUGUUCCCUAAUGAUGAUGAAUUUAUAGAUCCAUUACUAUCAGUGUGUUCUUGGAGAAAGAUUUGGUUCCUACAGAAAUAUACCUCAGAAGUGUUCUUGGGAGGAGUUCCUAAAGAAUUUGAAGUGGUCUUAAAAGUUAUUACCAGUUGUGGGGAAUUCCCAAAUGUUCCUCUUAUAGGACCCCGAGGUUAUAUCAACUAUAAUUUAACCUUGUCCCUAAGACAAUUCAGAUAUCCUUUAGAGGAUGAACCAAAGAGAGAAUCCUUGAAAGACUUCAUCUUACCUGGCAUGGGAAUGGAGAAUCCCGACUUGUUGAGAAAGAUAAAAAAAUCUUGGAGUCAGAUUCACAAAAAGGGAAAAGAGCUAGGUAAAAGAGACUGCCGAGCAAAAGAGCCUUAUCAGCAAUGGGUGAUCAAAAGGGUGGAAGAAGUCAAGCUACCUUUCAGCAUCAAGGUUCUAAUCACGCCUCUAAAGCUUGAUCCUACUCAUUUUCCCAAAGAAAAAGUUGAUAAAUUGAGGGACACGAUCGUAUGGUUGACUAAAGAGAACGAAGAACUGCGAUUCAAACUCAAUAUAAAAACUAGGGAAAAUAUGAGACUCAAAAGAAACAAUGAAGUUGAUAUAGAGCUAUUUGUCGAAAGUAAGAAAAAGGCCAAAAUUGCUGAAGACCUCAAAGAAAAAUACCAAUAUGGCUUAGCAAGGGUUGACCUUGGGUUGAGUUCACUUUGA